AUGUCAGCCCAAAGCCUUGGUGUAGUAGACAAGUGUUUCUUGGAGAUGGCUAACAGGAAUAUCGCCGAACUAGAAGAAGAUAUGGAUUUUGUGAAGAGACGAGCCGCGGCCCUCAAGUGCUACGAUAAGCGCUUCCCCAAAUGGCCCGAGACCCCGAGUCAACUUGAGCACAUCCAAGCGUUCAUCGAGUUGCUUGAUGACCUCAAGACAAGGGGUGGAAAGUCGACUGACAUCGCGGAGCUAAAGCGUGAUCUUCGCGCACAAUUAGUCAAGGAUGGCCAUGUCGAGUCAGAGGUCUGUCACCGCAGGUAUCUAGCCGAUAGGAUCCAACGCACAGUUGAUGCUGCGAUAUCCAGUCUUCGCGCUGAGAUUGUUGAGUUCGACGAUGUCAGAAAAAAGAUCCUAAGGGAUCUAAGAAAUUCUGGCAACACUAUGCCGACGGUUGGUAACGAGUAG